GAUGGCCAACAUGGCGAUGGGUGUACGGUGCUCUAUGGGUGCAACGUCUCUAGUAGCGUAUUUUUAGUACAUGACAGCUGGCCGACACGUUGGCUCUUAUGUUAAUGUAUAGUUUUGAUACUAUGAAUAAGUUUGCUCACAUGUAAUUAUUGAUGUUCGACACGCUGACGUAUGCAUAUCGUUGAGCCGGCUUCGCAUUACUCCGACUUCUUUCGUUCAACAAAAGUUUUAGGUGUACAAUUGGUAAAAGAUGAGGAUUGUACAGUUCAGAAGAAACCGUCUGUGUCACAUACUGAUCGGUGGUGUAUCGCUGCUUCUAGCUUUGUAUAUUCUUCUCGACUUUUCUUCGGACAAUCAUAUGAACAAUAUAAAAGAAUACUGGGCACAAGGUCUUAGAAAGAAACAGGCCACAGUUUUCACAGAGGGUUUGGGAAAUUUUGAGCCACGUGAUGUAUCGGUCAAGACCGGGCCUGGGGAAGGAGGCAAACCGCAUAAUUUAAGGGAAGAUCAGCAGAACGAUGUCCAGCAAUCUGAAUCUGAUUACGGUAUGAACAUGGUGUGCUCCGAUGAGAUUUCGCUGUCGAGAUCAAUACCGGACACCAGACCGGCGGAAUGUAAACAUUGGAACUAUCCAGAGGAAUUGCCUCGCACCAGUGUCAUUAUAGUGUUUCACAACGAGGGUUGGUCCGUUUUACUACGAACUAUCCACAGUGUCGUGAACCGUACUCCGUCGAAGUUCUUGGAGGAAGUCCUUCUCGUUGAUGAUUUCUCCGACAAAGACAAUUUAAAAGGCGACUUAGACUCCUAUAUCGAGCAGUGGGGAGGUAAAGUUCGAUUAUUGAGAAACUACGAGAGGCAAGGCUUGAUACGAACGCGUUCCCGAGGAGCGCGUGAGGCUAAGGGCGAAGUGAUAGUAUUUUUAGACGCCCAUUGCGAGGUCAAUGUGAAUUGGUUGCCUCCUCUUUUAGCGCCGAUUGCUGAAAAUAGAAAUGUAAUGACAGUUCCUGUGAUAGACGGCAUCGAUCAUAAGACUUUUGAGUAUCGUCCUGUAUACCUAGAAGGUCAUUUGUACAGAGGAAUCUUCGAAUGGGGCAUGUUGUACAAAGAGAACGAACUACCCAGGCGUGAAUCGAAGACACGCUCGCACGACAGCAUGCCAUACAGAUCACCCACACACGCCGGCGGCUUAUUCGCGAUCAAUCGACAAUACUUUUUAUCUCUGGGCGGCUACGACGAAGGACUGCUCGUCUGGGGCGGCGAAAACUUCGAACUGUCGUUCAAGAUAUGGCAGUGCGGCGGCAGCAUCCUGUGGGUGCCGUGCUCCCACGUCGGCCACGUUUAUCGGGGUUUCAUGCCUUACACGUUCGGUAAACUCGCUCAAAAGAAGAAAGGACCCUUAAUAACUAUCAACUACAAACGAGUUAUAGAAACAUGGUUCGACGAGAAACACAAGGAAUUCUUUUACACUAGAGAACCCUUGGCCCGAUUCCUCGAUCACGGUGACAUAUCCGAGCAGCUGACUUUCAAAGAACGAAAGAAAUGUAAGAGCUUCCAGUGGUAUAUGGAUAACGUGGCGUACGAUGUGCUGGACAAAUUUCCGGAAUUACCACCGAAUAUUCACUGGGGAGAGCUGCGAAAUGUGGCAACUAAGUCGUGUUUAGAUACCAUGGGUCAGGCACCCCCGAGUCUUAUGGCUACUUCCCACUGCCAUGGUUUUGGAAACAAUCAGCUUAUGAGGCUGAAUGCGAAGGGUCAAUUGGGCGUUGGUGAAAGGUGCGUUGAAGCAGACGGCCAGGGUGUGAAGUACGCAUUUUGCCGUCUGGGAACCGCGGACGGUCCAUGGCAAUAUGACGAAAAGACAAAAACUCUGUUGCAUAGAGUACACAAGAAAUGCAUGGCACUUCAUCCUCAAACACAACAACUAUCUCUGAUGCCGUGUGACAUUAACAAUACUUAUCAGCAAUGGAAUUUCCAUCAAAUACAUCCACGAUGGUAAUAUGGACAAGGAUUGUAAACCUCUCUUGGAACUUGUAAAUUAUUUGAUUACUGACGUUUGUAAAUUAUUACUUCGCUAUUAUUAUUUGUAAAUUAUUAUCUGGCAAAUUGCACACACGUAUUUGCAAAGACUUAAACCUCUCUUGGAACUUGUAAAUUAUUUGAUUAUUGUCAUUUAUAAAUUAUUACUUCGCUAUUGUUAUUUGUAAAUUAUUAUCUGGCUGUUGUUAUUUGUAAAUUAUUAUCUGGCAAAUUGCACACACGUAUUUGCAAAUAAUGUACAAUUUAUGUUUAGUAACGUACAUUGCGAGUCAAUUUGGUGUAUGUGCACACAUACACAAGAUACAUACACACAUAACAUAAAAUACAUCCACUUCAGAGAUGGAUUAAAAAAGAAGUUCAUAUAGAUACAUAUUCGACUUGAUUUUGUUUCAAGUUAUGUUCCAUUAAUUUGUUUAAUAUAAGCUGAAUUAAGUUUCUAAUUCCGUUGGACUCUUUGCAACAAGCAUCGACCUUUUUGACUGUUCUCUAAGCAAUUUUUUAUAACAUUAGAUAUACAUUAUUUCGGUUCCAGGCUGCCAUUUUUGAGCUUCGCCUGAGCUACAGUUUGUAUCUAGUGUAUAUGUACUUAAGUAAUUAACAUUUUAUUAUGUUCUGAAAGCCUAUUUUGAAGCGUAAGAUUAUAUACUUUGAGCAUUUCCUUUAAAGAUGAACAGAUUUAUGCUGGUAACAAGGAGUGAGGGAGAAAGUUGUGAACUUUCUUUUUUAUUACUUUCAUUAGGUCCCGAAUUCAUCUAUAUAAUGGGUUCUACAUGUUGUAAAACACUCUGUUCACACACUUUCUGAUGA